AUGUCCUCUUCGCCUUCCUCCUCAUCUUCAUCGUCGUCGUCGUCGUCAUCGUCCUCUUCUAAUAAUGCUAAUUUAGUGACCACGACUUCAGCCCCUGUCGUCUCGUCUUCUACUGACCCAGACACUGUGGCCAGCAGUAGAGGCAAACAAUCCCCUCAACAACAUGCUGCCAAUGUUGGGGACCUUAUCAACGUUAACGACCUGCUUAACAACAGUACAGAUUCUGCUAAGACACUCUCAUCAGCGGCCACUUCAUUGUGCAACCAUAAUGGAGGUUCUGGUAUUGGUACAAAUCACUUACAGAACAAAGUUAAUUUUGGUUAUCCUUGGUCAUCCAACCUCAGACAACAAAUUGUGCUGGAAGGAAGUGACCGUACUAAUAGCUUCAGUGUCUACAGUAAAGAGGUUGAUGUUAUUAUGAGUCGACAGAGUAGCAACCCUGAGAACCAAGCUGGAAGUAACAAGGUAAAAACUACUACGGUUGUCAAAUUUGAGUGGGAAUCUCGGAAAUACUUGGGCAAUUUAGUUGCUGUGCAUAUGAAUGGCAUUUUUGUUGCUUAUUGUUUACGAGGUAAAUCUGGUGCCAAUAUCCGCAUCAUCAACCGAAAAACAGCUGACCGUACUUUGCUGAAGGAUUUCUGUGGACGUGUUACAGACUUGGCAUUUGCUUUCACAGAGAAAAUCUUGUUGGCUGCCAUUGAUGAAAUGGGUAAUCUUUACAUCUAUCAAGUGACUGGAGCAUCUGAUGGCAAAAUACAAACAAAGUUGUUACUGAAUGUUACCUCUUACAAUGAUGACCAAUCUUCAGAGUUUCAUCGUGUCUUUUGGUGCCCUUACAUCCCUGAUGAGUCAGAUGAUGACACUCCUUCACAAGAUGACACUUUUUCUAAAAUGCUUUUAAUAACUCAUGGUGAAAAGGCUGAAAUCUGGAAUGUCGAUAUUGUGUGCCAGAAAUACCCAUCAGGUUCUGUUCGGAGCAAUCAAGUGCAACAAGGUGUGCUGCGCAUUAAUAGCCAUACAAAGCCAAUCUCGGAUGCUGCCUUCUCUCCUGAUGGAUCCGCCCUGGCCACAGCCAGCAAGGAUGGAAUGGUCAAGUUCUUCCAAAUCAACAUGAAUGACGGCCCUUCACCCAGGCGCCUUCAUGAAUGGUCUCCUCAUGGAGGGCAGCCAUUAUCUUGCCUCUUCUUUUUGGAUGAUCAUCAAAAUCCGCACCCAGAUGUAUCCUUCUGGAAAUAUGCAGUAACAGGUGCUAAGAAUAAUCAGGAACUCAAGGUAUGGAGUUGUGUGUCUUGGACUUGUCUACAGACGAUCAGGUUUCUUCCCCCUCCAGCACCACAUCUUGAGGUACAAACUGAGCCUUGUAUGAAAGUUGUACUUGAUUUGAGUGCCCGUUAUUUAGUCCUAACAGAUUUCAGGCGCAAGGUUCUUUAUAUCUUAAGCUUAAGCCAAGAUCACAAAAUGGACACUGCCCAUAUUACUUCCGUUUCUGAAUUCCUACUUGCUCAACCUUGCCUCAGCUUUGCCAUUCUGGAUGCUCAUGCCAAAAAAUUUCGGCAGUCUUUGAAAGAUGACACUUUCCUUGAAGAACUGACCACUGGUGAAAUUGAAGAGGAGGAGACUGAAAAGCAACUUGAUGAUGAGGAUGGAGAAAUUGUGGAUGGGGUUCUCAUCAAAUUGUAUGCUGUUCAUAGCUCGAUUUUGCAAGAAUUGCACAUCCGUUUCAAACCAGAAUCAGCAAUUCCAGAAGCAGAAUUACAGUCACUCUCUUCUGUGUCUCAAGAUAAUGUUGUUCUCUGUGAUGGUUUAUCUGAUGUAAGCAACAUUAUGGACUCAUCCGUCCCUGAAUCAAAUGAUACUAGCCGAGGAGAGACAGCUCCAGUACUCCUCACACCCGAUGCCUUUACAAGUAAGCCGCAUUCUCUCCAGACCAAUUCUGCAAACACUAGUUUCACUCAAGUGACUGCCAUGGAUGAGAGCAGUGAAUCUCAUGGGAUUGUAGCUGCUAUGGCUCCUGCAAAUACUAGUAGCAGUAGCCUGGGUGUAGUGAGUAGUGUUGCAUCUGUGACCUCAAGUGGAGUCAUGGCACACACUCCUAGCCCCAGCGUAGGGUCCACAACUUCACAAUCGCCCCACAAGACCAAAGAUCCUGUACUUUCCUCUGUGUCUACUAUUUCUCCAGCUGUUCCUCUUGACCACUCUUGUUCUCCUGCUGGACAAGCACCACCACAACCACCCCAGCCGCCGCCGCCACCUCCUGCUGUUGCGAGUUUUCCACGACAGACAAUGUUCCCUGAAAUAAAAAAGAUCAGUGUUGAGGAAUUGUUUCAGAUGAGUCAACAAGCAGCAGCAGUGAGUGAUGUCUUUUGUGCCUUUACUUUUUUUUUUUUUUUUUGUCUUUUUUUCUUUUCUCUCUUUUCUCUUUUCUCUCUCUCCCUCUCUUUUCUCUCUCUCCCUCUCUUUUCUCUCUCUCCCUCUCUUUUCUCUCUCUCCUCUCUUUUCUCUCUCCCCUCUCUUUCUCUCUCUCUCUCUCUUUUUUCUCUCUCUUUUCUCUCUCCCUCUCUUUUUCUCUCUCUUUCUCUCUCUCUCUUUUCUCUCUCUCUUUUUCUCUCUCUCUUUUCUCUCUCUCUCUCUCUCUCUCUUUUUUCUCUCUCUCUCUCUCUCUCUCUUUUCUCUCUCUCUCGUUUCUCUCUCUCUCCUCUCUCUCUCUCUCGUUUCUCUCUCUCUCGUUUCUCUCUCUCUCGUUUCUCUCUCUCUCUCUCUCUCUCUUUCUCUCUCUCUCUUUUCUCUCUCUUUCUCUCUCUCUCUUUCUCUCUCUCUCUCUUCUCUUCUCUCUCUCUCUUUUCUUCUCUCUCUUUUCUCUCUCUCUUUUUCUCUCUCUCUUUUCUCUCUCUCUUCUCUCUCUUUUCUCUCUCUCUCUUUUUUCUCUCUCUCUUUUCUCUCUUUUCUCUCUCUCUCUCUUUCUCUCUCUCUCUCUUUCUCUCUCUCUCUCUUUCUCUCUCUCUCUCUUUUCUCUCUCUCUCUCUUUUUCUCUCUCUCUCUUUUCUCUCUCUCUCUCUUUUCUCUCUCUCUCUCUUUUCUCUCUCUCUCUCUCUCUCUCUCUCUUUUCUCUCUCUCUCUCUUCUCUCUCUCUCUCUUUUUCUCUCUCUCUCUCUUUUCUCUUUCUCUCUCUUUUCUCUCUCUCUCUCUCUCUCUCUCUCUCUCUCUCUCUCUUUCUCUCUUUUUUUUUUUAAAUUCUUCUUUUUUUUUUUCUCUAGGCUGCUCUCUCUCUUUUUUCUCUUUCUCAGCUCACUCAAAGAUUUUGAUGAAACUGAUAAAGAAGUGGCUGAAGUGAUGGGAGAUCGUCACACGUCAGAUGAAGUGGAUGUGGCUGUCUCUCCGUUGGAAAUCAAAAGCACGAAAAUGAAGACGGACAGAGUAAGCAGCCCCAAAAUAUCUCCAAGAGAGUGGCCCAAACCACCUGAUGUCAGCACAGAUGGGCCACGAAUAGCCUCAGAAAAAGUGUGUAACACAAGGGAAGGUCAGGAUGUAGAUGAUGAUGACGAAGAUGAUGAUUAUCAAAUUGAUGUAGGAGCUGAGAAAGAACUCUCAAGGUUGGCGGCUGAUGAUGAUGAUGACGACGACGACGACGAAGAGGAUGAUGAUGAUGAUGAUGAAGUGGACAAUAAACAGAACCAGCAAGUUUCCAGGCCUUUGCAGUUAGCUGCUUUAGGGGAAGCUGCAAAAGUAAAUACACCAAGAAAUAAAAAUGCUCAUUAUUCAGAAACACGGGGAGAACCUCCUUUUCGGGAAACUCCAGUGCAAACACUUGAUGAUCCUCCCGUACAGAUCAUUCGUGAACUCAUUGAACCUCAGGCAUUAAAAGAUAUUCAAAGCAGUCUAAAGUGUCUCUGUUCCCAGUUGGCCCAAUAUGAGUUAAUGUCACAGCAACUGCGUGAACAACUGUUGCAGCAGCAACUGAAGCAACAGGCAGCUAUGCAACAAGCAGCUAAGGUUAAUGUCACUUUGCCCAUGUUGGAGCAACAUUUAAAGAGCAUGGAGAAUCGAAUUGCCACUAAUUUUGAACGUGUCAUGCACCAACAGUCACAGAGGGAACAUCAAAGAUACCAAGACAUUUUGAAUGAGACUCAUAGUCGUGAGAAGAAACAUGAGGAAUUAGUGAACACCUUAUGGCAGGCUGUGGAUACAACGCUCAGGAAGAAUUUGGAAUUGGCUGUGAAAAGUGAAAUGAAGAACCAUGUUCUUCCAGCUAUGAUGCAGUCAAUUGAUUCUGUCAAGAAUGAAUUAACCCGGGAAGUAGCACAAAAGCUAACAGCAUCAGAUGCCAUUCUUAAAGACAAUCUCACCAAAUUAAUCAGGAACCGGCAAACAAUUGAAGCAAUUGGUUCAUCUGUAGGUGCUUCGAUUGAGGUGCCUAUCCAGACAGCAUACAGGGAUGCAUUCCAGAAUAUUGUGAUCCCCAACUUUGAACGGACAUCACAAAACAUGUAUAACCAAGUGCAUGACACAUUCCAAAAGGGAACCAAAGAAUAUCUUGUCCAAUUACAACAGCAUUUGGAAAUGAGUCGGCGUCGGCAACUUGAAGUGAGAGACCCUGUGGUUGGCCAACUACAAUCGAUAGCUGAAAUGUUUAAAAACACCACAGAUCACAUCCACACGCACCUCAUGUCUUCACUUCAGAACAAACUUGACUCCGUUGUGUCACAAUCUAUGAAAGGAUUAAAGGAUUCCUUAUUGACCCAUGUUAGAGACGUUGUGAGAGAUGAAGUCAGCAAAGCCAUGAAGGCCCAGGGUAACACCAUCAGUGACAAUGUUUUAAGUGCUAUGCGUUCAGGUGCUGUAACACCUGUACCAGGCACGCAAGAUGUACAGCAACUCAUGCAAAAUCAAAUCCUUCGUCUUUUAAACCAAGGACAGAUCAAUGCAGCUUUUCAGCAGGCAUUGUCUGCUGCAAAUCUUGAUGUAGUGAUCCAUACAUGUGAGAAAGCCAAUCCUGACCAAGUGUUUGGCCAGAUCCCGUGUCCCUUGCAGCAACCAGUUCUCCUUUCCCUCAUCCAACAACUUUCAGCAGACAUCGAAACUCACACUUUACUCAAGCAGAAAAAGCUGUUUAACCUCUCUCUCUCUCUCUAG